AAAAAAAAAAAAUCCAGAUUAACUAGAACGUAAAACUUUUCGUACCGUUCCAAAAUUUGAAAUCCAAGCCGCGCUAGAAGCCAGCCCCGAUUCCCACCGUUCAUCGCAGACCCCAAAGCCCUCUCUCUCUCCGAGAGUGAUUUUCAUGGAUAUUCUCUGAAGAAGAAGAGGAAGAAGAAGAUGUCGACGAUAGAGAAGCUGUUCGUGCAGAUCUUCGAGCGGAAGCGGUGGAUUAUCGACCAGGCCAAGCACCAGACUCAUCUCUUCGACCAGCACCUCGCCUCUAAACUCCUCAUUGACGGAAUUGCCCCUCCUCCCUGGCUCUGGACCCCUCCGCUCCACUCCCACACCUCGGAUCCCAAUGAGUUCAAUAAAGAAGAGCUCAUUUCGGGAGUCUUGCUUCCACAUCCACAACCCGUCAUCCCUUAUUCCAGUAGUCACUGCUCUCUGUACAACAAACCGGUUUUUGCACCUGAUAAUGGAGAGUUACCAAAUGGUAUGUGUAUGCAAGUUCAUGGUCCAGACAAAGGCCUUGAUGCUGGAGAUAGGCCAUUGCCUUUGCCGCAGUGUUCUGUCAGUGAUGCUGGAUGUGCCUUUGAUUGUGUCCAUGAGCUGGAUCAUACUGCUGUCUCUCCUCUAGAUCGGGGGGAUGUGGGAAUACCAGAAAUUCACCAUGAUCCAGCUCUAUCACUGGCAAGGGUUCAAAGGUCCAAGUCAAGACAAAGGGCUAUAGAGUUUCGCAAUAGUGGAAAAGCAGCCAAAAGCUGUUCAAGGGAUGAGAAUAUUGUUGAUACUUAUGCUGGUGGAAUUUCAGGGUCAGCAAUUUCUUCCCUCCAGAAUGAUCAUGUUGGUGAGUCUGUGUUUGUCAAUCCUGUCGAUACCGCUACUGAUAGUUGUGCAAUGGGAGAAGUAAAAGUAGGUGAUUGUCAGAGCAAGGUAAAUGGUAACGAUCUUUACUCGGUUAGAAUGACAAGAUCUAGAAGCUCUAGCCAAAAACUCAGCACUUUGAAUGUGGGUAACUCUUCUUAUAUUUCAGGCAAAGAUGGUGGUAUAAUUGCAGAUUCUAUUGACAAUUCAAAUGAGCAGUCUAGCCAUGAUAAUGAACUAUUGGAAUUAAUUGAAAUUUCUCGUACCAUGAAUGAAAGUAAUGGAGGGACGAACGCAAAAAGAGGAGAUGAUCAGAGCAAGGACAUGGGAAGCAAUGAUUACCUUGGAAGAAUAACAAGAUCUAGAAAUUCCAGUCAACUGCCUAACCGCAUGAAUAAAUCCACAAAGCUGGAUAGCUCUUGUGACAAUGACAAGGUGGAUGGUCUUAGCAAUCCCAAGGACCGUUGCAACAGUGUAGAUAAGUCAGUGGAAUUGGUCAAACCCUCUCCUAUCACUGAUGACAGUUGUGGACUGAAAGAAAAAGUGGUAGACCACCAUAGCAAGGAACAGGAAAGCAAUGCUGAUUUUGGUAGAAUAAAAAGAUCUAGAAGUUCUUGCCAGUCAUUCAACAAUUUUAAUGGUAGCACACAGACUCAGUCUGUUGGAAAAUCCACACAACUGCCUCAAUCCCCAAGUUGGAUUGGAGGAGAUGCUGCUUUUCAGAAUGUACAGGGCCCUCAAAUGUAUGAAGUAGGGUCCUUGCCAAGUCAAGAAGAUCAAUAUUUAUGUGGGGAAAAUGCAAGAGGACACUCAAGUAAGGGGAAUUCUGAAGUGGGACAUGCCAGAAAUUUAGAGUCAGAGGCUAUCAAUGGCAUUAGAAUAAUUUCAAAAGCUGUCUACUCCAGUAUCUCUGAUCAAAGAGUUACACAGUCCAGAUUUGCUGCUUCCAGCAAUUCUAACAAAGUUCAGGGUACUCAAAUUUCUGCUGGAAGGUCUUUGCCAAGUCAAAAGGAUCAAGAGCCAUGUACAGUUAAUUCAGCAUGUUAUUCAGACAAGGAGAAUGUUGCUGAUGAGUAUCCUGGUACUAACAUAAGGGGAGAAACUAGAAGUACCAUUGAAGGAAUAUCAAAACCUCUCAACUCCUCCCAGGCGUUGGGUUGUAGAGUCACACGCUCAAGAUCAAAUGCCUCUAACAAGCCUUCACUUGCACAAUCUUUAAAAGGGUCUGAAGAAAUUGACGUUAAGAAAGUGUCAGGCUCUAAAAUAAAAGUCCUGCCUUGUAUUAGCAACAGUGACACUGCUGAUGUGGGGAGAUGUGCUGCAAAUGUUGCAGAAUCUGAGGUCGACUCUGAUGAGCAUGUUGAUGCUCGUUCUGGUUGUCCUGGGCCUAACUUGGAUGUCGCUAGCCUUAGAGUUGGAUCAGAAGCUUUAGCCUUGAGACCACCCUCUGAUUGUAAUAUAUUUGUGAAGCUCAAGCAACCUAAUUUUGAUGAUGUGGAAGAGUCCAGUUUGAAUGGAAUUUCAUGUCCUACAUCCAAAAAGGAAAUACAGGGAAGAUCAUCUGAAGAGUUUGCUGAUCUUGCAAAUUUAACGGAUAAAAUAGCAUCUGUUAGUUACCAAGCUAAGUGCAGCUCAUCCCCAGAGAAGCCUUUGCUGAAUGAGCAGGAAGAUUUGUGCAAAGAAAAGGAACCUCAGAGAUUUUCAUCUGAAGUCCAUGUGGAGACAUAUGAAGCCAGCAGAAGUGCAAAUGGAAUUGCUGUACCACCAAUAAAACAAACAUCUGAGGUUCCUAACAAAGAAGUUACUCAUACAUUGCUAGAAAGUGACAAUUACAAAGAGCAAUGUUCUUCGGUAGAUCAUUUAUCUAUCUCACAAGUUGCCUGUGAAGAUUUGCUUGGAAGGGUGCCAAAACUAAUGGGGUCCAACCUGUCAAAUGUUAGUGCUGAUAGAAGGACGGAUCUUUCCUUGAAGAAGGUUGUUGUCGAGCAUGAUGGUGGACAAUCUACCAAAUUGGUUUCCGAAGACAGUAAACUUGACAGUGACCUCUCUAGUGAUCCUGGACAAUCAACAGAUGCUGAUUAUGGUAUUAUUAGUGGAUCUGGUGUUUUUAAAAAUCCAGAUGUAAUUUUAAGAGAUUCUACGGUUGAGCUUCCUUUUGCUCUUUCGGUGGAUGAAACCAAGGGUAAUUUGGUGCAGCAGAUCAUAGAUUCAGGCAUUUCUCAGAGUCGAAAUACGGACUCCUUAGGGAGAUGUAUGCAUGAAGAGAAACAUGUAGUCUGUUCAAAAUCAACUGAAGACCAUAUUGCAAAGAAUGCCAUGCCAAGAGGAAGUUUUAGCUUUGGCUCGGAGGAUUCCUGGCCUCAGCAGAAGCGAAGAAAGAUUGAGGGUCAACUUACUGACGUCCUAUCUGCUUCACCAAGCUUGAGAGAGGAGGGACUCAAAUUGAUCAACAGGGAUUCUAUACGUGAAAGCCUGAAUGGUGCAGAAGAUAAUCCAAAUGCUGUCCUAGAAUCUCAACACUUAUCCUUAUCCGAUGAGGAGGAUGUUGCACAAUUAGACAUCAGUAAGAUCCUGCUUGAAGAAAUGCAUCAAAAUGAGGAAGGCCACAUGAUAGAAGGUUCUGAAUCUUCACCUAGGAUGCAAGUUGAAGAGGUUGUACAUAGCGUCGAAGGUAGGAGUGGAAGUGCAAACACGCCUUUCACUUUUAUGGAUGAUGGGUUAAGGGUGUCCUUUAUCUCAAGUUUAAUUAACCGGGCUGCUGGUGAUUCUCAAGGUUGUUUCACAGAGGAAGUGGGAGCGGCUGGUCCAAAUAGCGAAAUCGUUGAUGCAGGGAUGCAAUGUUUUGUACAAGAGAACGAAGUUCCUAUGCAUCUUGAAGAUAAAUUAGGACUGGCAAUUACAGAACAUUUUUCUUGUAGUGAAAGAACCCUGCAAAAGAACAGAUCUAAUUUGGAAGGGAAUGACAAAUUUUUAUGUUGCUCCGUUGGUUCUCCACAUAGCCAAUCCUUGGAUUUGACUCAGGCUGAUGACGCUAUGCCUGUGCUUGAGGGGUUCAUCAUGCAAACAGAUGACCACCCGCCAUGCAUUUCUGGGGAGGGAAUUGGCUUUGACAAAUUCGACCUUUCAGAAACUGCAAUAGAACGUGCUAGUAUUCUGGAGCAGCUUUGCAGGUCUGCUUGCAUGGAUACCCCAUUAUCCUGUUCUUCAACCACAUAUCAUUCGCACACAAUACAAAGCCUGUAUCAGUCUGUUCCAAAUGGGCUUCUAGAGGGCAUGGACUGGAGAAGCACUUUUUCUCUGAAUGAUACUGGCAAGCAGCUUUCUAGUAGUUGCUUGAGUGAGGAAGUUGACUGUUUUCAUGGAAGGUCCUAUUCUGAUUGCCUACCGAAAUCUAGUCAUCAGUCUACUUGGAAUAUAAGUAAUCCUUAUUCAUCUCCAGUUGGGAAAUUCUGGGAUAGAAUCACAUCAAACUCUGGCAGUUCAGAGAAGCGAGCAAGCUUAAAUCCAGAACUUCCCUGUAUUAAUGAAGAAAAUGAGAAUGCAGAUGAGGUAGCUGAGACUUUCCCAGAAGGCAUUUGUUCAGAAAUGACUACUAGCUCAGUAAAAAGAGAACCACUUGCUGACAUUACAGAAAAUCCAAACCCUCCUGCAUCAGUUUCCGAAGGGGUGAUAAAUACUGACAGAUGUAGUCUAGAUUCUGUUAACACAGAAUUUAGCUUUACUGGGACUCAUACUAGGGUAAAACAGAAGCUUGGAAACCAACACGGUUGUGGGAAAAGAUACGCAAAUAAGGCAAAAGAAAACCAGAAUGUAUCCGUUGGAGCAAAUGGUGUAAAGAGGGCCACAGAAUCAUAUCAUAACAGGUUCAGUAAGCCUAGAUUACCUGGAAAAACCAGUAUGAGAAAAGGGGGCCCUAGUUACUCAGAGAGAGAGUCCAAGCCUAACAAUAUCAUCUCCAAUAUUACUUCUUUUAUUCCACUUGUUCAACAAAAACAAGCAGCUGCUGUUGUCACAGGGAAGAGAGAAAUCAAAGUGAAAGCCCUGGAGGCUGCUGAUGCAGCAAAACGUCUUGCAGAGAAGAAAGAGAUUGAUCGUAAAAUUAAGAAGGAAGCUUUGAAAGUUGAGCGAGCCAGAUUAGAGCGGGAAAAUUUGAGGCAGUUGGAGUUGCAGAAGAAAAGGAAAAAAGAGGAGCACAAGAAAAAAGAGGCUGAUAUAGCAGCAAAGAAAAGGCAGAGGGAAGAAGAAGACAGGAAAGAAAAGGAGAGAAAAAGAAAGCGUGUGGAGGAAUCACAUAGGCAGCGGCAAGAACAUGACAAGAAGUUACGUGGUGAGAAAGAAGAAAGAGAAUUGAAAUACCAAACAAAAGAUACAAGAACAAAUGAGAGGAAGGAAUAUAAGGACGAAACAGAUAAGUAUAAAAAGACGGAAAAAUUUAGGGAAGCUGACAAUCUUGGGAAGGUUUCAGAGACUGAACACAGGACUACCAGGAUUCCAUCAAGUGACGCCAGCAAAGUGAGCACUCUCCUUGAGGAUUCUGACUCUUUGAAUGAUGGUGGCAAUAAUCAGAAGGUAACGAGCAAUUUGGACAAAGUAAUAGAAAAUGCAGUCUUGAUUGCCAACGCCAAUCAAGAACAAUCAUAUGAUAUUUCUCCGUACAAAGUUUCGGAUGAUGAAGAUGAAGAAGAAGAUGAUGUACCAAACAGUAAACCAAUUCCUUCAUGGGCCAGUAAACAUUCCGUGGCUCAAGUUGUUUCUUCGCAGCAAAGAGUAAACCCAGAAGCCAUUUUUCCCCCAGAAAGCUUUUGCAAUAUAGCUGAAGUGCUGUUACCUCGAAAGCAUCAGCUGAAGUAGCUGGCUAGAGAAUGGAGAUGGAUUUAAAAUAUGCACGUCUUCAGUCCUCUGGUAUGAGAGAUUUUGUCAAGAAAAGAUUUCUCAAGAACAUGCUGUGGAGAGUUUAUGAACAGGUUAUUUCUCCAGCCAUUGUUAUAUUAGACCUUUAGCAAUCUGACCGUAAUUUCUAAGUUCCAUGAAAUGUUUCAUAGCUGCCAAAGCAGCUAAAACGAUUCUGGCAUUAGUCCUCCUGCAUCCCCUCCUUGCUCAGCACUUACUCUUCUAAUAAUAAAGUCCCAGUUCCAGCAGUGCUACGGAUUCUAGAUAUAAUUAGUUUCUGACCUUUUGAUGUACCUUUAUCUGUUGUUUCCAACAGUGGCUCAUUCUCUAAGGGCCAAAGCAGGAAGACAUUAGUCCACAUGGAAUUGUAAAAAUAGUGAGUUUCUAUGUAUUUUAUUAUAACCUCUUCUUUAAUGGAAAUUGAAAUUGUCUUUCCAGAAA